GCUCGGCUCGCGCCUGACGCUCUCGCCUUCCGGCGCAGUGGCAGCGUCAGGCGCGCGCCGCCUUGUGGGACAGGCUGGGGCAAUGGCGGACGCCUUUGGAGACGAGCUGUUCAGCGUGUUCGAGGACGAUUCCGCCGCCGCUGGGGCCAAGAAGGGCAAAGCGGCCGAGGCUGCCGGCAAGGCUGGGAAACGCUCAGAUGGCAAAUCUCCAGCAGGCACUAUGAACAUCCCAGGGAAAACCAAAAGAGAAGCAGAGAUUGAUAGCACAGAUUAUGCCACUUUUGGAAAGAAAACCAAGAUAGAGGAUGUUUCAGAAGAUAUUAAUCUAGCAGACCUGAUGCCAAAAGUAAAAGUGCAAGCUGUUGAGACUGUUGAAGGUUGUACACAUGAGGUUGCACUUCCUGCAAAUGAAGACUUUGUAGCCCUCAAGCCGAGAAGUGGAAAAGCUGCAAAGGAAUAUCCAUUCAUUCUUGAUGCUUUUCAAAGAGAAGCCAUUCUUUGUGUGGAUAAUAAUCAGUCUGUUUUAGUGUCGGCUCAUACAUCAGCUGGCAAAACUGUGUGUGCAGAGUAUGCAAUUGCCUUGGCUUUGCGGGAGAAACAGCGUGUGAUAUUUACCAGUCCCAUUAAAGCUCUGAGUAACCAGAAGUAUCGUGAGAUGUAUGAAGAAUUUCAGGAUGUUGGUUUGAUGACUGGAGAUGUCACCAUUAAUCCUACAGCUUCUUGUCUUGUGAUGACAACAGAGAUUUUGAGAAGUAUGCUCUACAGAGGUUCUGAGGUUAUGCGAGAAGUUGCUUGGGUUAUAUUUGAUGAAAUACAUUAUAUGAGAGACUCAGAACGUGGUGUGGUAUGGGAGGAGACCAUUAUUUUGCUACCUGACAAUGUUCACUAUGUGUUUCUUUCUGCCACUAUUCCGAAUGCCCGCCAGUUUGCUGAGUGGAUUUGCCAUCUUCAUAAACAGCCUUGCCAUGUCAUUUACACAGAUUAUCGACCUACUCCUCUGCAACAUUAUAUCUUCCCAGCAGGAGGGGAUGGACUCCACCUUGUGGUUGAUGAAAAUGGUGAUUUCAGAGAAGAUAACUUUAACACGGCAAUGCAAGUACUUAGAGAUGCAGGUGACUUAGCAAAAGGAGACCAGAAGGGCAGGAAAGGAGGAACAAAAGGACCAUCAAAUGUAUUUAAGAUAGUGAAAAUGAUCAUGGAAAGGAAUUUCCAGCCUGUAAUUAUAUUCAGUUUCAGUAAGAAAGAUUGUGAAGCCUAUGCCCUUCAGAUGACAAAAUUAGACUUUAAUACAGAUGAAGAAAAGAAGAUGGUUGAAGAAGUAUUUAAUAAUGCAAUUGACUGUCUGUCUGAUGAAGACAAAAAGCUCCCUCAGGUUGAGCAUGUGCUUCCUCUUUUGAAGCGAGGAAUUGGCAUCCAUCAUGGUGGUUUGCUCCCAAUUUUAAAGGAAACAAUUGAAAUUCUUUUUUCUGAAGGAUUGAUAAAGGCUUUAUUUGCAACUGAGACCUUUGCUAUGGGAAUUAAUAUGCCGGCUAGGACAGUGCUGUUCACAAGUGCCCGUAAAUUUGAUGGGAAAGAUUUCAGAUGGAUCUCGUCAGGUGAAUAUAUUCAGAUGUCUGGUCGUGCAGGACGUCGCGGUAUGGAUGACAGAGGAAUAGUAAUUCUUAUGGUGGAUGAGAAAAUGAGUCCAACAAUUGGCAAACAACUUCUUAAGGGGUCGGCGGAUCCUCUAAACAGUGCUUUUCACUUGACUUACAACAUGGUAUUGAACUUGCUCCGGGUAGAAGAAAUUAAUCCUGAAUACAUGUUAGAAAAAUCGUUCUACCAAUUUCAACACUACAGAGCUAUUCCAGGAGUAGUAGAAAAGGUAAAUAAAUUAGAAGAACAGUACAACAAAAUAGAAAUUCCAAAUGAGGAAAGCGUGGUCAUCUACUAUAAAAUCCGGCAGCAGCUUGCUAAGCUGGGUAAAGAAAUUGAAGAAUAUGUUCACAAGCCAAAAUACUGCUUGCCGUUUUUACAGCCAGGCCGGCUGGUAAAGGUAAAAAAUGAAGAUGAUGAUUUUGGCUGGGGAGUGGUUGUUAACUUCUCCAAGAAAUCAAAUGUUAAGCCUAACUCUGGUGAACUGGACCCAUUAUACGUGGUUGAAGUCUUGUUACACUGUAGCAAAGAGAGUUUGAAAAAUUCUGCUACUGAGGCUGCAAAGCCAGCAAAGCCUGAUGAGAAAGGAGAGAUGCAGGUUGUUCCUGUUUUGGUGCAUCUUCUCUCAGCUAUCAGCAGUGUCCGACUUUACAUACCCAAAGACCUGAGGCCAAUUGACAACAGGCAAAGUGUGUUAAAAUCUAUACAGGAAGUACAGAAGAGGUUCCCCGAUGGAGUUCCAUUAUUGGACCCCAUUGAUGAUAUGGGCAUCAAAGACCAAGGACUGAAAAAAGUCAUCCAAAAAAUAGAGGCUUUUGAACAUAGGAUGUAUUCACAUCCACUUCACAAUGAUUCCAGUUUGGAAACUGUAUAUAAGCUCUGCGAAAGAAAAGCACAGAUUGCAGUGGAUAUUAGAACAGCAAAGCGUGAACUGAAGAAAGCUAGAACUGUCUUACAAAUGGAUGAGCUCAAGUGCCGCAAACGUGUAUUGAGAAGAUUGGGUUUUGCUACAUCUUCUGAUGUCAUAGAGAUGAAAGGACGAGUUGCUUGUGAAAUCAGCAGUGCUGACGAACUGCUCCUGACAGAAAUGAUGUUUAAUGGGCUUUUCAAUGAUUUAUCUGCAGAACAAGCAACUGCAUUACUAAGCUGCUUUGUAUUUCAAGAGAAUUCUAGCGAGAUGCCCAAAUUGACAGAGCAGUUGGCAGGACCACUUCGGCAAAUGCAGGAAUGUGCUAAAAGAAUUGCCAAAGUUUCAGCAGAAGCUAAAUUGGAAAUUGAUGAGGAAAAUUACCUAAACUCUUUCAGACCUAACCUGAUGGAUGUAGUAUACACUUGGGCAAAUGGAGCUACUUUUGCUCACAUCUGCAAAAUGACAGAUGUCUUUGAAGGUAGCAUAAUUCGUUGCAUGAGGAGGCUAGAAGAAUUGCUUCGACAGAUGUGUCAGGCAGCAAAGGCCAUUGGAAACACAGAGCUGGAAAAUAAGUUUGCAGAAGGAAUUACCAAAAUCAAGAGAGACAUAGUGUUUGCUGCAAGCCUCUACCUAUAAGAAAUCUGCUUUCUGGAAGCCAAGUAUGGAUUGGGAGCAAUAUGAGAUUUGCUCAUCGAGCAGAAUAAUUUUAGACUGAUAGUGUCAGACCAAUUUGCCAUCUUCACCCUCCACACAGACAUUUAUUUAAACAAGAAGCAUUCUAGCAAAGUAUAUUACAUACACACUGCUGUUUGUACAUAAGUGUUGCCAUGUUAUUUUAAUAAAAAAUUGUUUGUUUUAUAAGCAGUAAGCUUGAACCAAUAGAAUUUUAAAAAGAUUUUUAAAGCUAUUAGAUAUACACAAUGGUGUUAAAUGUUACUAUAUACAUUUAAAGUGAGCAUCCAAGAGGUAUAGCAGCAGCAGUCCCUUAAAGGCAUUUAUUUUACAUGCUGGAGGAGACCAAUUAUUUUUUUUUCCUUUUAGAAAGCAGGAGGCUUCACAGGAUCAUGCUCAACAAUUCUUCAUGGUUGGUGAUUACUGCCAUAGUGAUUUCCAUUUGUUGGUGUUUCAUGUAGAGUUGUAUGUGAAUCUUCUUCAUUUGGUUUAAAUGUACAGCCUUUCACUUUGAAAAAAUCUGAUACGUAUACAACCUAAGUGAACAAGUUUACAGUAUUAGAAUCUGUAUUUGGCACUUCUGUCCUCUUGAGCACUAGAAUCCUCUAAAACCUACCUCUUACUGAUUGUACCCUAACCUAUCAACCAUUAAGGAGGUAGUUGUACCUUGUAAGCUCUUUGAUUGGUCUUAUGUACAGGCAUGGCACUAAUUUAACUGGUUCUGUGCAGAACAGUGACUACAAGAGCUACUUACAUUAAAGCUCUGCUCAAUUACCGGAAAACCUGUCAAAUCUACAACUAAAUAUUUCAUUAUGGUAUUUUUGGAUGCAACAGAAAAGUGACAUGCUAUUCAUUUAAUAAUGAAAAAACUUUGGCUCAGUCAACUCCAUUAACUGGCUGGGACUUCAGUUUUAAGAUUGAUAAACACAGUCAAGCACUAGUUUCUGGAGAAUCACUAAAACCUUCCCUGUAAGUGGUUAUUUUGAAGGUAGAAGUUAUGUAUAUUCAUUUAGGUGCUUGUACUUCAUCCUACAACUGGGGCUUGGAAAGUAGUUUCAAACACUACAAGCAUUCCAUAUUUAAAUAAGCUGGAAAUUGUUAUAAAACAUUCUAAUUUUAAAAUGUAAAAGCUUCUAUAGGAAUGUCUGUGGUUAACUUUACCAUUUAUGUACUAUGCACUGAACUGAAGCAGAACAAAAUAUUCAGAGGUCCAUCAGCACACUCUUAACCUCUGGUAAUGUGCUCUUAUUUGCUGAAUAAAAUAUUAAGCAGUA